AUGAAGGCCACCUGUAGAGACCAAUCUAAAUACUGUAGGUUCCAUCGGGACCACGACCAUGACACAGAGGACUGCCAUGACCUCCGGAACCAGAUAGAAGCACUAAUAUGGAGAAGCCACCUCGGACGCUAUCUCAAGUCCCGGAAGGUGACUCUGAGCCCCAGAGGGCCCCCUAAGAGACAGAUCAACGUCAUCUCUGGCAAGCCAACAGCCGGUGGCACUAGCACGAUAGCAAGAAAGUCCUAUGCACACAGCAUGGUGGAGAAGCAUCCCCGCCCUGAGCACGAGCCUACAAUUACCUUCGGAGUUGGAGAGGUUGAGCACUCCCACCAUGACGAUGCUCUGGUGAUCUCCAUCCAAAUCGCCAACGCCUGGGUCAAGAGGGUGAUGGUUGAUACGGGGAGUUCCGCCGACAUCCUCUACUUCGAUGCCUUUGGGAGGCUCGGGUUCACCAGAGAUUCCAUCUCCCCGCUCAGAACCAUAGUGCUCCCCAUCACCCUCGGGGAGGAACUGAAGAUGAAAAUAAUAUUGACCACCUUUAUGGUGGUCGACCUACCAUCGGCCUACAAUGUCAUCCUCGGCCGCCUGACCCCUUCCCCUUCUCACUCCCCAUGCCCUCUCCCUGGACAGAGGUCCCAGAUGAUGCCAAGGGGGCGCUCGAGCGCGUGGCCCGACUGGCCAGCGUCUUGUUGA